AGAGCACGCAUACACAGACAGCAUAUACGGGGUUGGUUUCGCCAAUCGCGUGUCGGUCUCGGCAUGGCGUUCUCCACUCGAAGCGUCCACGCCGUCCGGCCAAUAGUCUGGAGCCCAAAGUAGGUGCGCUGCCGAUCGAUCUUGACGGUCGUUCGCUUCGCGGGAAUCGCCAAGGAUCGCAGCCAGCUACGCAUUAACCGAGUUGACUUCGAACCCGACGCGCACCCACACCGCGCUUGCAAGUCACCCUGUCUGCAAGCCAGCGCUGUAAGCGGAGACAAAAGAAGCGGGAAGACAAAGAGCGCUUGAUCGCGCAACGUCUAGCAUUCAAGUUGUGCAGUUUGCUUCAAUUGAAUUAACAAAAAUUCGAGUGUUUGUUAGAAUAAGUUUGUGCAAGUGAUUUGUUCUUUGUUCUCAAGUUAAGGAAGAAACAGUAUCAGCAGUGAAAAUGGAAUCAUGCGGCAUGAGCACGAUCAAGUAUAUUUUAUUCUUCUUCAACUUCAUCUUUGCUAUUUCAGGUCUUGGCAUCAUUAUAGCAGGUGCAGUAGUUUUAUCAGAUGUAAAUGAAUUUAAACAUUUCCUGGAAGGAAGAAUUCUAGCACCACCUAUCGUGCUAAUAAUUGCUGGCACGAUAGUCUUUAUCAUAGCGUUUCUGGGUUGUUAUGGAGCCAUCAAAGAACACUACAAUUUGCUGAUUGUGUUUGCAGUUGCACUUUUGGUUAUCUUUAUCAUAGAACUUGCAGUCGGAAUCGCUGCAGCCGUAUUCAAGAAUGACUUUGACGGGGCAAUGAGACAAGCUUUGCAAGAUUCUAUGUCGAGGUAUUCGGAUACGAGUUCAGAAAGCGACAAAAUGGCUUGGGAUAAAGUACAAAUGAAGUUCGAAUGCUGCGGUAUUGAUAACCCUUCUGACUGGCAAACUGCUGACCCUAGUAAAUUUUCUCGGGGACUCCCACCAUCUUGUUGCAAGACUUAUACAGCCAGUCCAUGUUCUGCGAGUCCUUAUGAAUCAUUCUCAAAAGGUUGCUUUACGGAGCUUCAAAUGAAAGUUCAGAAAAAUGCUAAAAUUUUGAUUGGAGUUGGUAUCGGCAUCGCAUUUGUUGAGGUUGCUGGGAUAAUCUUAGCAUGCUUCCUUGCUUACGCAAUAAAAAGAGAAAAUGAAGGAAAGUAAAUAAAUCUACAUUAACUUGAUUGUAACGCAACGUACAAAAGUAAAAAUUAACUGAUAUAUAGAAAUAACGAAAAAACAAUCAAACCUAAGAUUUUUUAAUUGCAACGUUUAUGGUGUCAAGUAACAAAAGUAUCGACAUACAUAAAAUAUUGAGAUUAAGUUAUAUGUUAAGUACUGCAAAUAUAUUAUAAUGUUUUUUUAUUGUCGUUUUUUUUGAGAUUUUUUAAUUUUGUUACGUCUUUUCUUAAUAUAAAAUAAGCGAAGGAAAAACUAAUGCAGAUAACUUUAAAUUGAAAAACUCUAAGAAUGUCGGCUUAUUGUACUAUUGACUGCGGUAAUGAAAGGCAUGCGUUAUUCGUCGUAAAUAUUUGUAAACUUUUAUUUAUUACAAUUGAUCUGUAAAAUUAUGCAUUGAUAAACAUUUACCUAAAUCAUCUUUAGUUAUAGGAUGUUAAUGUAUAAAUUUAUCGUUUUUUGCUGUGUAUGGUUAUUAGCUGAUAAAAUAUCGAUUGAUAGUUUUAUUAAAAAUAGAAUUAAUAAUAAUAAUAAUUAAUAACGUGCACUAGAAAUUAACAGUUAUAUUUAUGCUAUUUCGUGUUAAAUUUUUGAAGUUAUUAAGUGCUACGAGCUUCUUUACUAAGUAUCGUUUACAUUUUUUAUAAAUCUGAUAUUGGUUCAUAAAAUAGUAUGCAUUUUAUUUUUAAAAAAUAUAUUUAAAAACCUACUGUUUUUAUUUCUAGUACGUGACUAUUUUAGAAUUUUUCAUAGUUGCUUGAAAAUAACGCAAAUGGUGUCUCCGUUAAAACAUGUAAAAGUAACAUACAUUUAAAUUGUUCAUAAAUAGCUUUGAUAACUAUAAAAAGAAUUAUGAGAAUAUCAUAGAAUAAUUAUUCUGUAAUGGUUUCUUCUAUCAUCUAGUUACAAUAUAUUUUGUGGUUUAAAAUGUAAGAGACUUUUUUUGUAAAAUAAAAAUACUACAUGAAAUAUUCUGAAUAAAUAAUAAAAAAGA